GCACUGCAUCAGCUAUUCUGUGGUGCCUUUGAAAUGAGUCAGUUUGAAGAAUUGCAACAGAUGAUUGAGAUCGGCGACGAGAUCUCUUCAUUAAGUCCGGAGGAAUUCUAUCUUAUUUGUGCCCUCGCUGAGCGCUUCUUCUACAUUAAGAAUCUGUGA